AUGUCGCUGGACGACCGGGUUUCGACUGCCCAAGUGCAAAAGGCCAUCAAGAGUCUGAUGAGCUAUGCAGCAAAGAAGAAACAGGACACCAUCGACGAGGGCAAGACGCUGUUUGCAGAGAACGACGAGGAAAACAUCCACAACGAAAAUACAAGGACCUUCUCGCCGAAAAAGGCAUUAAUUUCAUCAGCAAAGGUUGUCGGAAUCGAAAAGCUCAAGGGCAAAUACGGCCCAUACGAUGCUCGAAGACAACUCGCUGGAGACUAUGGUCUCUUUCUCGCAGACGACAGCGUCAUUCCUCUUCUCCCCAAACUCUUAGGGAAAGCCUUUUUCAAGUCGAAGAAACAGCCCAUCCCCGUCGACCUCAAAAAGAAGGAUCUUAAAGGGGAGCUAGAGAAGGCUAUUUCAGCCACCUAUCUACAUCAAAACGCGGGCACUUGCACGACGAUCAAAAUAGGCAAUACCGGCAUGGACGUGACCAAACUCGUCAAGAAUGCCGAGUCGGCAAUCCCAGCAGUCGUCCGAAAGCUACAUAUGGGGACGCUAAAGAAAAACUCGUCAAAGAGCAAAGAUCCACACGGUGUGACCGUGCCACUCGAGGUCACAGACGCAGACAAAAAGGAGCUCCGCGAAACAGCGUGGAAUAAUAUCCAAAGUCUGGGUAUAAAAACACAGUCGAGCGUCUGUCUACCGAUUUGGAGUUGUCAGCUCUCCGAGCGAUGGAUCACUGCGCCGUCGGAGCUGCCCCCCAAAAGAAAGACGAAAGAUGCAUCAAAGAGACCGUUAAUUGGCACGUCUGAUACAUCCGAUGAUGGCAAAAAGUCGAAAAAGUCGAAGCGGCCCGCAUCGGAGGAGGGGGAUGAGACAAUGUCGGAAGGGGAGAGUUCUGGUCACGGUUCCUCGCUACCCAAGGAGGAGAGUGAUGCUCUGAGCAAGAAAUUGGCCAAGAGCUCUUUAGUCGAUACGCCAAAGGCGACCAAACGCCCUAAUACGACUGAUGCCACCGAGGAAUCAAAGAUUGUCAAGAAACGACGAAAGGACUCUACAGACGAGGAAGUGGUCGGACCCAAGGCGAAACAAGUUCCGAGUAUGGUCGAAGUUGAAGAGCCCAAGGUGACCAAGAAGAAGCGAAAAGACAGCGGUGCAGAGUCGAAUGGUAUCGAAUCGUCUGAAUCCAAGGAGAAGAAGCCGAAAUCCAAAGUUGAUGUGGAGAUGGCCGUGGAGACUCCUGCGCCUGUUGGUCAACAGCGCAAGGCGGAUCGAGCGCGAGCCAUCGAUUUCAUGGGAGACGAUGCGUCGCUCAAAAGGUCGAGAAGUCACGAAAAGAGAGUGCUCCAUCCACCGAGGCACCCUCCAAGGAGAGCAAAAAUUCGAGCAAAUUCGACUCCCGUUAUCCCGUCAACCUCGACCUCUGAAGCCAAGGAAACAAGUCCAGAAGACGAUAACGGCUCCAAAAAGCCAAAAUCUAUUCUCAAGAAGCGAGACUCGGAGCCGUCGUUGACACCUGCCGAGCUGGCGGCUAAAAAGGCAAGAAGGGCAACCUUUUCUGUCGUGGAGAAGAAAAAGGAGAAGAUUAACAAGGGUGCCGUCGGUGGUCACUCCGGAAAAAGUGGAAAGGCCGGCAAGAGCAAAGCCUCGCUCGUCGGUAGGGGACCAAAGAUGUAA